UCUGAUAGUUUCCGGGUCAAGGCGGGGUUGAAAUCGCCCCGCUCUCCAGCUCCCCCUCCCAGACCUGCCGAGGCCGCCGCCGCAAGAGCAGCUGUCGCAGCCCCUUCCCGCUGCCCUUGCCCUCCUCCCGCCGCCGCCAUCCCGCCCGCCCGCCCCGGCUCUCUCCUCCUCCCCUCCCCCCGUCCCGCUCCCUCCGCCCGCCCCGGAGACCCGCGCACCACCCGCCCUCCCUCCUCCCGCUCCCCCCGUCCCACCCCCCUCCCCGAGAGAGUGAGCGAACGCGCGCGCGGCCGGGCCCAACCACCCCCGCCAGUUCGAUUUCCCCCCCCAGUGACCAAAGAUUUGACCACUGACUAAGCCUGACUUAACUGAACACAGCUCAAGAUGGACACCGGUGUUAUCGAAGGAGGAUUAAAUGUCACACUUACCAUUCGCCUACUUAUGCAUGGGAAGGAGGUUGGAAGCAUUAUUGGGAAGAAGGGAGAAUCCGUAAAGAAGAUGCGUGAAGAGAGUGGUGCUCGCAUUAACAUCUCAGAAGGGAACUGCCCAGAACGGAUUAUCACUCUCGCUGGACCCACCAAUGCCAUCUUCAAAGCAUUUGCUAUGAUCAUUGACAAACUGGAAGAGGAUAUCAGCAGCUCAAUGACCAACAGCACGGCCUCCAGCAGGCCACCCGUUACCCUGAGACUUGUGGUCCCUGCCAGUCAGUGUGGUUCUCUCAUUGGGAAAGGAGGCUGCAAGAUCAAGGAGAUCAGAGAGAGCACAGGGGCGCAGGUCCAGGUGGCAGGAGACAUGUUGCCCAACUCUACCGAGAGAGCGAUCACCAUUGCUGGGAUUCCACAGUCCAUCAUUGAAUGCGUCAAACAGAUCUGUGUGGUCAUGCUGGAGUCUCCCCCUAAAGGUGUCACCAUCCCCUACCGGCCCAAGCCAUCCAGUUCUCCUGUCAUCUUUGCAGGCGGUCAGGACAGGUACAGCAGCGGCAGUGCAAGCUACCCCCACACCGCCCCAUCAAUGUGCCUCAACUCUGACCUGGAGGGACCACCUCAAGAGGCCUAUACCAUUCAAGGACAGUAUGCCAUUCCACAGCCAGAUCUGACCAAGCUGCACCAGUUGGCAAUGCAACAGUCACACUUUCCAAUGUCUCAUGGCAACACUGGAUUCAGUGGCGUUGAAUCCAGCUCUCCAGAUGGGAAAAGCUAUUGGGCAGGUUUGGAUGCAUCAGCUCAGACUACUUCUCACGAACUCACCAUUCCAAAUGAUCUGAUUGGCUGUAUCAUUGGGCGUCAGGGCGCCAAGAUCAAUGAGAUCCGCCAGAUGUCUGGGGCGCAGAUCAAAAUUGCCAAUCCAGUGGAAGGCUCUACUGACAGGCAGGUUACCAUAACUGGAUCUGCAGCCAGCAUUAGCCUGGCUCAGUAUCUAAUUAAUGUCAGUUUAGAAAGCGCUAAACCCUCCUCCCAGGCAGCCUCCGUCACGAUCCCCGACCACCUCAGCAUCAACCUCUCUCAACCCUCCACCCCUUCUUCUUCUUCCUCUUCCACCACCACCCCCUCGCUCGCGACAGCGGGGGUCUCCGACGCACCCUCCAGCCUCCCCAACCCUCUUCCGACCGCUCCCUGUGUCUCCAGUCUGCUUGGCAUGAAACCCGUCCCUCUCCUGGCUCUAAAUGUUGUGUCUGCUGCUAAGGGGGCCUCCACCACCUCAGCUGUGCCAUGUGUUACUAACAAACUGAAAACGGAAAAACAGAGAUUCUCUCCCUACUGAGCGUCUGCUUGUGGCCUUAGAGGAACAGCAGAUUGUUGGCAGCGGUGGGGGGUCCCGUAGAGGAGACUUGGAAGAGAUUGUUUUUU